AACACAAUUCUUAAUCACCAACAGAGCAAAUACUGCAUAGCCACCAUACUAUUUCCUCUCUCUUACAAUCAAAACACCCACUUUGAAAUGUCGAUCUCGAAAGUCCUAGGGUUUCUGAUUCUCAGCUGUCUAGUGAUCGCUUCAGCGAUGGCUCAGUCUCCUUCUCCAGCUCCGUUCAUAGGCGGAGGAAGGCGAGUUAUCUCUCCUUCUCCGUCUAAAACACCGACACCAGAAUCCUCCGUCGCGUCUCCUCCAUCACUACCUCAAGCGGAUUCUCCUUCCAUCGAUUCCGCAGCAGUGACUCCGUCUUCCAUAUCAGACUCGCCAUCAGAAGCUCCUGCUCCAUCACAGCAGAGCAGCGCCGUUUCCAACCAAUACACUGUUUUCGCUGGAUCCAUCGCCGUUAUUCUAUACGCUGCCGUUUUGGCUUUCUAAUCUCUAAUGGAGCCUCAUUUAUUUAUGUCAUAUUUUCAGAAAACUAUUAUGUAGGAAGAUGAUUCUUUUAUUUUUAUUGUUGUUUUGUUUUUCAGCUUCUCUUUUAAUUUGCCUCACCAGGAUUUGUACUGAAUGUUGAUAUGUUCAGAGUCUUAGCUUGAUUUAUUUAUUUUAAAACUAUUGCCAUA